UGAUAGGGUCAUAUGGUUAGACUGACAGGGACGACCAACGAUCUGCUCAUGUCAAAAAUCAGAUCGUUCUAUCAAAGUGAAUCAAACAUCGCAAAAAUAUCCAGACCUCUUUGGUGUGGUAAUUAGUCUCGCUGUUUGUCUGACAAACGUAUAUUUUGUGCUCCGGCGAUGAAAUUGUCCACUUUAGCUUGCUAGCAGCGUUCAAUCAGUUUAUUAUUGCCGUCAGAUCGCAGUUUAGCAGCUCGAGGCAGCUAGCAUGUUAAAUGUGUACUAACGUAGUUUGUUUUCGGUGGUAAGUUUUUGUAGUGGCCUAACUGUAACCGCCAUUGUUUGACAGUAACCUACCCUCCUCCUCCGCCUCUUCCUGUUUGUAUUUUUUCUGGGUACGUAGGACGUAGUUACAAUGCUCUGAAGUGAAAGUAGCCUUUAUCAUGCCAGUGCUAACCAGCGAAGAGUAAUGAAGCCUGAACAACAGUGUCCUGUGAUGGCCGACAAUGGACAGUUAACUCUCAUGGGCGAAUCGGCUGACUCUUCAGCUCGUCUUGGCCGACGUACGUACGGUUGUUCGUCCCAUUUCCAGAGCCUACUGGACAGCUUACUGGCUCUCCGUCAAGCUGGCAUUCUUUUUGACGUGGUGCUGCUGGUAGAAGGUCGAGCACUUCAUGGCCACCGUGUGCUUCUCGCUGCCUCUUGUGAUUACUUCAGAGGGAUGUUUACUGGAGGCCUUCGGGAGGCACAGCAAAAGGAGAUCCCGAUUCAUGGAGUGUCCUAUUUGGGCAUGAAAAAAUUACUGGACUAUAUAUACACAUCAAAGAUUGAAUUGGACCUGGAUUGUGUUCAAGACGUCCUUAUGGCUGCCACAUUGGUACAGCUUGAGAACGUCAUUGGCUUCUGUUGUGAGUUCCUUUCCUCCUGGGUGGAUGAGAGCAACAUUUUACAGAUGCAUCACCUUGCUGAUGUGUACGGACUACAGCAGCUCAAAGCAGCGAUGCACUCCCACAUCUUGAAGAACCUCCAGGCUCUGUCCCUCACUGAUGUUUACCGACAGCUCCCUCCGGAAGAAAUAUUCAGAGUCCUGAGCAGUGAUGAGCUUGAGGUGAAAAGUGAGAAUGAAGUGUAUGAGGCUGCCCUUCACUACCACUACAGUCCCGAGCAGGUGGAGAACGACCAGGUGUACUUGAAGGUCAGUCAGGACAGUCUCAAGAUGCUUGAUGCUGUGCGUUUCUGCUUGAUGGACAAACAAGUAUUGCAGAAGUUGCACAGUAGACUGGAGCAGUGUCCUCUCAAGGAGACUGUGUCCGCCGCUCUGCAGUACCACAAGCAAGAGAUGUGGCAGCCGGCCCUACAAAGUCCUCUGACCCAGCCUCGCUCCACCUUCGACUGCAUCUUAGGCUUCGGUGGGAUGUUCCGCCAACCUUCUUAUUUGGACAAUGAGCACAUGUUCCAAGUGUUCCACCCGAGCUGGAAGGAGUGGAGAAUUCUGAAAGCAGUGAACUGCCCCAGGAUGUCCAACCAGGGGAUUGCUGUGCUUAAUAACUUUAUCUAUCUUAUUGGUGGAGACAGGAACAACAGUGGAUUCCGUGCAGAGACUUGCUGCUGGCGGUACGACCCUCGUCACAACACUUGGUGCUCCAUCCAGCCUUUGCAUUACCAGCAUGCCGACCAUUGCGUGUGCGUGGUGGGUGACCAUAUUUACGCCAUCGGAGGUCGAGACUACAGCAAUGAGUUGUGCACAGUGGAGCGCUACGACAUACAUACUAACAAAUGGGAGUUGGUGUCCCCCCUCACCAGAAAGGUUUAUGCCCACGCUGGAGCUGUGCUAGAUGGCAAAAUUUAUAUCACAUGUGGACGAAGAGGGAGGGCGUACCUACAAGAGACCCAAUGUUUUGACCCAGCGGACAACCAGUGGACAGCAUGUGCAGAUGGACCAGUUGGUCGGGCGUGGCAUGGCAUGGCUGCUGUGAAUGGACGCCUUUAUGUCAUUGGAGGAAGCAAUGACGAGCACGGUUACCGGCGAGAUGUGGUGAAGAUGGCUUGCUUUGAGCCCUCAGACAACUCCUGGUCUUUACUGAGCCCACUCCCGGCUGGACAUGGGGAACCCGGCAUAGCAGUACUGGACAGUCGCAUCUACGUACUGGGAGGACGCUCUCAUGACAGAGGCGUCCGGAUGAAAUAUGUUCAUGUGUUCAACACUGACAAAGAUCACUGGGAGAGUGACACGCCAUUGUUGGAGUGCGUCUCGGGCCUGGCAGCCUGCGUGGUCUGCAUGCCUCCAACCGUGAUGGCACUUGCCGGGAGCUGGGAGCAAUACCUGAAGGUAUCAUCGGAUGAUACAGACUUUAAUAGCUCAGAGCGGAGCUCAGAUCGAUAUAGCACAGAUGAAGACUUCUAAGUAACCCAAUGAGCACCGGAGACAAGGAUGUAAAUUGUCUUUGCCCACUAACCCCUUUAGAAAACACUACAAGAGUUUUGUUGUAAAAGCAAAAUGGAGUGUACUGCUUGGGUACUAACCAUCAGAGGUACUGCUGGUUCAGUUUCAACUAGUAUUAGAUCUUGAGGAAGUGAUAAGGCAGCCCUCUCAUCCCUUCUCUCUCUAAACCAAUGUACAAACCGAACCGUGAUGACAUCAAUACUUACAGUAUCUAACCAUAUGAAAAAAACAAAAUUAGUUCAACUGCCUAAAAUAGGAGAAAAAUAUGUGGUGACAUUUGUAUUAGCUUGUCAAUUUACUUGAAUGGGGUACAGAAUGGUACUGUUUGUAUUUUCAAAUGAGUAUUUUGCUACAAGCACUUAACACAGAAUACUUGCAGUGCAGAAUAUCCCUUUAUGCAGUUAAAAGAAAUAUGCAAUAUGUAGACAUAUCCAGACACUGUCAAUAGUAGGAUCCUACCACUAAGUUUUGAUUAAAUCAACAUUUUUUUUCCAACCCUCCUAAACUGUAACUCACCAUAAAGGUCAUUCAUCAGCAUUCCUCUCUUCCUGGAACUAAAGCCACUAACGUCAUUCUUCAGCAUCACAAUUGAACAGCCUCAUAAUUCCUUAGUCACACAUUUUUAUCAUUUGUCUGUCUCUCGCUUUCUCUUACGUUGUCACUCUUGAUGUCACUUUUGUCUCGAGGCGAAUUAUCCAUUUAGCUUGAUCUUCAUCAUCACACAGUAGUCCAGCCUUUUGAAAGCCAUUGGUUAUAGUCGACGGUUGGCGGUCUUCACUUGAUCAAACAUGAUAUUAACUUCGACGUCACUACUUCCUGAAGAUGCACCCUAAAACAUGGUGGCAAAUGUACAGUAGUUUCUAGCCAUAAAGGGUUCAAGCAUUACAGUUAAUGUACUGUGGUGCUGUUCACCCUGUUUCUUUCCCUUCCUGGUUCACGCCCGUACCACAAAUACACUGAAGGCAUCGUCAACAGGGUGCCUUGUUGUCCUGCACUUGUGAAACUUUAUGUCUAAUGUGUUUAAUUUUCCAUAGAAGAAGAGCUUUAGAUCAUUAUGGUCAAGAUAUUGGUCAAGAGUUUGCUGGCACGUUUGCGUUUCUUCACUCAGUUAUGGAUGCCGUUUAUCUAUCUCUCUGCACAUAAUCCAAAGAGCAUGAUGAAGAGUAUUUUCAGGUAUUUAAGGAUACAAAUAAGUUGCAUCAACUGAUAUGAUUUAAUAUGCUUUCCUCGAUCAACCAAGAUAUGGAAAUGUAUUUCUGUUGAAAAGGAUAAUAAAGACAUUAAUAUGCCAAAAAGGUCUUGUUUAAUGA